ACUACCUAUGUUCCCCAGAGGAAAACGUUCACAUGAUCGACUUCACACGGUUCAAGAUCCGAGACAUGGAGACAGGGACGGUGCUGUUUGAGAUCACCAAACCCCCUGCACCAGGUACAUGCUAUGUUGAAACUACCGUAUUAUACAGCACAGAUAUUAGAUACAUUUACUGUGUAUAAGCUAUAUGUUGGUAAUGUAUUUUAUGGAGACAUGGAGACAGGGACGGUGCUGUUUGAGAUCAACAAACCACCAGCACCAGGUAAGUAAAAGGCCUGUCUGUGCUAUAUAUAACCGUUAGUAUUUGUGUUCCCUAACAUAUUCAUAUUCAUAGAUACAUGUUAACAUAUCACAACCGGCCGUGAUUGGGAGUCCCAUAGGGCGGUGCACAAUUGGCCCAGCGUCGUCCGGGUUUGGCCGGUGUAGGCCAUCAUUGUAAAUAAGAGAUUGUUCUUAACUGACUUGCCUAGUUAAAAAUAAAAGGUAAAAUAAAAAUAAAAAAAUAAAUAUGCUCUCUUAUUAGAGCCUAGGAUAUAUGACUUGUGGCACUAAACUACAGUUCAUAGCCUCUGAUGACGAAGAGCUUUUAAGACCUACUGUAUGUAUGAGCAGCAUAUACCUCUGGGUUAACUAGGCCCAGGCAGUAUUAUGCAUGAUUCAUGAAUGAAUUACUCCUGUUAGCUAGGUCUCCACUGAGAAGGGGUUAUUUCGCUGUGUGAGUUGAUCAUCUAAGCCUCUGAAACAGUGUCUAUUCAGAGAGGUACACAGCAGAGAGACCGUGCUUCAAAACAGCAGGCUUGUUAACGCGGUGUCUUUUGUGACACUGUGGCAGCGGGCGAAAAGAAGGACUUUGACCCCAACGGAGGCCGCUUUGUCCGUUACCAGUUCACCCCUGCCUUCCUGCAGCUGCGCCAGGUCGGAGCCACGUAAGUCACAGCUAAGAUGGCCAAUAGUGGGUGUGGGUGUGUAAGGGUGGUGGUGUGGUGGCCAUUCAGUGCCAUGCUGUUCUCUUCUGAGAGCAGACAGAUGGGGAGGGCUAUUCUCGGAGAGUGAGAGGUGGUGUGUGUGUGUGUGUGUGUGUGUGUGUGUGUGUGUGUGUGUGUGUGUGUGUGUGUGUGUGUGUGUGUGUGUGUGUGUGUGUGUGUGUGUGUGUGUGUGUGUGUGUGUGUGUGUGUGUGUGUGCGUGCCUACGUGCUUGUGUGCGUGUUUGUGUGUGACAGAUACCAAGGAGGCAGGAAGGCCAUACAGUAGGGGGAGAAAGAGAGAGAGAGAGGGGAGAGAGAGAAAGAGAGCGGGAGAGAGAGAGAAAGAGAGAGGGAAAAACGGAGGCAGAGUGAGGGAGAAAGAGCGAGAGAAAGAGAGGUGAGAAAAAAGACAGUCAGGCCAGUUGUUAUUAAUUCACCUUUUACUGCAGUGGGCUAAGUCAGGGUCUCACAGAGGAUUUAUUGGUAGUCUUAAACAAAUCUACGUCACACACAUAGUUAUGGGCUUAAAGAAAAGAAGACAGCUGUACCAUGUCAGAUAUAGAGUUGAAAUGUAUUACAUUUGGAGUUUGCAUCCCAAUAUUACACUUUAUAUACAUCACAGAAGACUGAAAUAUAACAAAACCUUUUGACAUAGAAACACCAGAUUUCCGGCAGUUUAAAAAAAAUAAUGUUUAUUAAUUAUGAAAUUAUGAAAAAUAUGAAUAACAUUCCACCCAUGAGGCCACUAGUCAUUUGACUGCAGGAAAGGGCUACUGUAGAGGGGGCAAAUGAGGAAACAUGGAAUUAUACUUUGGUUCUGCAACAAACUAUAACAAACAAAUGAUGUGUAUAAGUGUGUUUCCAAUAGUUUAUCGGAUCUCUCUGUCCCCCUGUUCUCUCUGACACAGUGUGGAGUUCACAGUGGGAGACAUGCCCAUCAACAACUUCAGGAUGAUUGAGAGGCACUACUUCAGAGAGCAGCUCCUCAAGAGCUUUGAUUUUGAGUUUGGUUUCUGUAUGCCCAGCAGCAAGAACACCUGUGAACACAUCUACGAGUUCCCCCCUCUGUCAGAGGACAUCAGUGAGUAUAGACACACAUAGAAACAGAGACGCAGACAUAGCAUGCAUUUCCUGUACCCAUACGACACAGUCCGACACACACACACACACACACACACACACACACACACUCACUCAAACACACACACGCAUACACACACACACUGACGUGUCCUUCCUCUCUCUUCUUCCUCAGUGCGUGAGAUGAUCCUUCACCCAUACAAAACGCAGUCCGACAGCUUCUACUUUGUGGACAACAAGCUGGUGAUGCACAACAAGGCAGACUACUCCUACAGUGGGAGUCCG